UCUGAGAGUCCGGUGACCGGUCUGUGGUCAAGCAUAAAGGCGGGGCCCAGAAGGUGAGAAGGAGAAGCCUUCUGGCCCACCCCGAAAUGUGGCACGCGCUGGUCCUGCUGCUGCUGCUCCCCUCUGCCUCGGUGCCCCCCUCCACUGCAGCCCCGAUCCGCGAUGCUGAUCCCGAGGAAGGCUCCUCCGGUUUCCUAGGCCUCCAGAGACUUCUACAAGGCUUCACCCGGCUGUUUCUGAAAGAUGACCUGUUACGGGGCAUGGACAGCUUCUUCUCUUCCCCCGUGGACUUCCGGGGCCUCCCUAGGAACUACCACCAAGAAGAGAACCAGGAGCACCAGCUGGGGAACAACACUCUCUCCAGUCACCUCCAGAUUGAUAAGGUGACCGACAACAAGACAGGAGAUGUGCUGAUCUCUGAGAAGGUGGUGGCAUCUAUUGAGCCAGGAGAUGGGAGCCUGGAGAGUGACUGGAAGGUACCCAAGAUAGAGGAGAAGGAGGCCCUGCUGCCCAACCCAAAAGCCAUGGACAGCUUUCACCCUGAACCUCAUCCCCGGGUGGCCUUCUGGAUUAUGAAGCUGCCACGGCGAAGGUCCUACCAGAACGCCCAGGAGGGCGACCGCUAUCUCAACGAAAAGCAACACCGCCUGCAGGCCAUUCGGGAUGGGCUCCUCGAAGGGACCCGAGAGGAAGCCCUGCAAAAAGGGACCCAGGGCUCCUCCCAUUUCAAGUUGCCUGCCCGAAAGACACACUUCCUGUACAUUCUCAGGCCCUCCCAGCAGUUAUAGGGGU